CGUGUCGUGUACGAUCAAUAUGGUGAAAGUUUUGAAAGCGAGAUCGCAAAAAGCGCUAGGCAAGCUGCAUAGGGACAUCUCAACGAGCAAUUCUGCGUUGACUCAGACUAGGCUUCAAUUUAAGCCAAUAAUUAAAUUUGAAAUUGAGGAUAGUAAGCGAUCUAGUGUUCUCAUAGACUGUUUGCCACGAAUUCAUCAUCAUUCGCGAGUGAAGUCUGAUUUGGAGACGCUGACCGCUGAUCUGAUUGUAAAUGCAAUUGCUGAAAACGAAGAAGUGCAAAAGCUAACAUCCAGUUUGGCGGCAGCCUCCGGCAACUCUCAGAAGGAUGUGAUCAGCAGGGUUAAAAAGGAGGUGUCUGAAGUAGCUGUGGAAGACCUGAUAAGUGUCAAGCUUGAAAAAGAAGAUUUAGAAGAUCUCGACCCUACGAAGCAGCUGAAAAAUGCUACAAGGCAAACGAGCGAACUAGCAGGCGAGAAGCGUCAUCGAGCAGCAAGAUCGAAUGUGGAGCGACCCUUUGAAUGCAGUUUCUGUGAGAAAGCGUUCAAGCGUCGAGCGCAUCUACAGACGCAUGAAAACGCUCACCGUGGAAUCAAGCCAUUUAAAUGUAAGCACUGUGACCGAGCGUUUACCGAUCGUAAUGCCCAGGUUUGUCAUGAACGCCUGCACGAUGGCAUCAAGCCGUACGCGUGUGAAGAAUGCGGCCGAAAAUUUACUCAGCGAUCGGACUACGUUAAACAUUCACGCACGCAUACGGGGGAGCGGACGCAUCAGUGCCGCUACUGCGAUGCCAAAUUCAUUGGCAGCAGUAACUUAAUCGUUCAUGAGCGUGGACACACGGGCGAACGACCACACAAAUGCGAUAAGUGUAAGGCGACAUUCAGUAAACACGGCGACCUGACCAGGCAUCAGCGGAUCCAUACAGGUGAACGUCCUUACGAAUGCAAAUAUUGUACCGACCGUUUCACACAACCAGCGCACAGACGAGUCCAUGAAAUGGCCCAUCUAAAAGUCAAACCCCAUAAAUGCCGCUACUGUAGCACCUCGUUUCUACGGAUCGGUGAUCUCAAUAGGCACGAAAAACGACACCCCCAAUUUACAGGGACCCUUAAGAGGCGGAACGAGAUUAGUCGUGUGAACAAAACAGAAAUCGAAUCAGAUAGAGCAGAAAGCCAAUUAGAAAAGGUGAUUUUGGACGAAGAUAGUAACUCGGAGGAGCCCAGUUCAGACUGAAUGCUUCGUAUUUGGUCCUAUGGCCCUGAUUACCAAAAACAGUGGCACAAUUUCUGCGAUAAUA